CCAUUUCACAAACUCCAUCGCAUUUCAAGGAUCUUAUCACAUUCCCAAGAAGAGCAACAAUAACAAGAGAAGAAGAAGAAGACUCAAGAGUUAAAGAAGACUGAGUGAUUCUUUGUUGAAACAACAAGUAUAGUAAGAGAAUAUGGCGUAUGAAGAAAGCACCAGUGGACUUAACCUUAAGGACACCGAGCUUCGUUUGGGAUUACCCGGAACAGAAGGAGAACAACAACAACUAGAAGUUUCUUGCCUCAGAAGCAACAAGCGGAAGACUAACGACUCAAAAGAAGAAUCUUGUCCUCCUCCUUCCAAAACACAGAUCGUUGGUUGGCCUCCAGUGAGAUCUAACCGUAAGAACAACAAAAACGUUAGUUAUGUGAAAGUAAGUGUGGACGGAACUCCAUAUCUUCGCAAGAUAGAUCUCAAGAUGUACCAAAACUAUCCAGAGCUUCUCAAAGCACUCGAGAACAUGUUCAAGUUCACAGUAGGUGAAUAUUCCGAGAGAGAAGGCUACAAAAAGGGUUCUGGAUUUGUACCUACUUAUGAAGACAAAGAUGGAGAUUGGAUGUUGGUCGGUGAUGUUCCAUGGGACAUGUUCUCUUCAUCUUGUCAAAAACUCAGAAUCAUGAAAGGAUCUGAAGCUACUAAUGCCUUAUGAUCCCUGCCCGUAAUGCCUUUCAAAGUUUCAUACUUUAUUCUAGACAUAAAAUAGUUUGAUGUAAAGAAAGAGAGAGUUUAUGUACAAUAGGGAUACAAAUACGUUAUAUAGAUGUAAAACUAUUAAGCCUGUUCAUUUUGUAAGAUCAGUCUUGAUUAUACAAGUUUAUUAUAUGUA